AUGAAGGUCUAUUACAUCGGUAUAUUAAACACUAGUGGAGACAAGGCUGUCGAACUAACUUCUGCAAGGGAUUUGUCCCAAUUUUCGUUUUUUGAAAGAAAUGGAGUAUCCCAAUUCAUGACCUUCUUUGCUGAAACUGUAUCGCAAAGAACCCCAGCUGGACAAAGACAGAGUGUUGAAGAGGGCAACUAUGUCGGUCAUACAUAUACUAGAUCAGAAGGGAUUUCAGGUGUCAUAAUAACUGACAAAGAGUAUCCAGUUAGGCCAGCAUACACAUUAAUCAAUAAAAUAUUAGAAGAGUACUUGUCUUUGCACCCCAAAUCCGAAUGGCAAAACCUCGAUCAAACUAAUUCUACAUUGGCGUACCCUGAAUUGGAAACUUAUUUGAAAAAAUACCAAGAUCCAUCUCAAGCUGAUUCGAUAAUGAAGGUGCAACAAGAGUUGGACGAUACCAAAGUGGUGUUGCAUAAAACCAUUGAGGGAGUAUUGCAAAGAGGAGAAAAGUUGGACGCUUUGGUUGACAAGUCAGAGGCUUUGAGUAGUUCAUCGAGAAUGUUUUACAAACAGGCCAAAAAGACAAAUUCUUGUUGUAUAGUGAUGUAG